AUUCCGGGCCGGAGCGUCCAGCUCGCAGGUAACAGCGCAAGAAGGCCGGCGCAGCUGGGAUAAUUUCCCCCAUCUUUGGUCAGUAAUAGCGAGGGGGGCGGGGAAAGAAGCAGGCAGGGGCAUCUCCAAUCACCUACGGACCGUCUCAACACGAUGGGCUGAGGUUGCUUUUUGAAUGAAAGAAGAGAACCUGUUGAUAUGGGAUCUGUGGUUUGGGAAUGUGGUUAAGUGGUUGGUUAGAUGGCUUGAUGCAACUGUCUCAAUAUGAAGCAAAGGCCACGAUGAAGUACCUUGUUAGUGCCUCAGGAAUAACAACCUUCUAUUGGACUAUGCUGAAUGGUAUGAAUGCAAAGUGUUGCUUGGUCUCUGAAGAACCUUAAAGAGAGAAGCGGAAAUGCUAACCAUGACUGCUGAAUAAGCUGGAGAUUCACAGGAUCACCGUGAGAGGAUGGCUGCAAACUGGAUGUUCCAUUUUCUUUGGCCUCUGGCUAUUCUGGUAAGAUGCACAGGUGGCCACAGCCUGUUCUCAUGUGAACCUAUCAUCCUAAGGAUGUGCCAGGACCUUCCUUACAAUACCACAUUUAUGCCUAAUCUUCUGAACCAUUAUGAUCAGCAAACAGCAGCUCUAGCAAUGGAGCCAUUCCAUCCCAUGGUGAACCUGGAAUGCUCCCGUGAUUUUCGACCAUUUUUGUGUGCUCUGUAUGCUCCUGUUUGCAUGGAGUAUGGCAGAGUUAGCCUCCCUUGUCGCAGGAUUUGUCAACGAGCUUAUACAGAAUGUUCAAAACUCAUGGAGAUGUUUGGUGUGUCUUGGCCAGAGGAUAUGGAGUGCAGUAGGUUCCCAGAUUGUGAUGAGCCUUACCCCCGUCCUGUCGAUCUCAAUGUAGUUGGAGAGCCAACUGAAGAGGUGCCAGUAGCAGUGCAAAGAGACUAUGGCUUCUGGUGCCCCCGAGAGCUAAAAAUAGAUCCUGACUUGGGUUACACAUUCCUGAGGGUACGAGACUGCUCCCCCCCAUGUCCAAAUAUGUAUUUUAGGAGUGAAGAGCUCUCUUUUGCACGAUAUUUCAUUGGUGUGAUCUCCAUUGUCUGCCUUUCAGCCACCUUAUUUACUUUCUUGACUUUUCUGAUCGAUGUCACAAGAUUUCGCUACCCAGAAAGGCCUAUUAUAUUCUAUGCUGUCUGCUACAUGAUGGUCUCUCUCAUUUUCUUCAUUGGCUUUUUGCUAGAAGACAGAGUUUCCUGCAAUCCCUCUAGCCCCAAUACGUACAAGGCUUCCACAGUGACACAGGGCUCUCACAACAAAGCUUGCACCAUGCUUUUUAUGGUACUCUAUUUCUUUACCAUGGCCGGGAGUGUCUGGUGGGUGAUUCUUACUAUAACUUGGUUCUUGGCAGCUGUACCAAAGUGGGGCAGUGAAGCCAUUGAGAAGAAGGCCCUACUUUUCCAUGCUAGUGCAUGGGGUAUCCCAGGAACUCUAACCAUCAUCCUUCUAGCUAUGAAUAAAAUCGAAGGUGACAACAUCAGCGGCGUAUGUUUUGUUGGCCUCUAUGAUGUGGAUGCUUUGAGAUACUUUGUUCUUGCUCCCCUCUGCCUGUAUGUGGUGGUUGGAGUCUCUCUGUUACUAGCUGGCAUUAUCUCCUUAAAUCGGGUGCGCAUUGAAAUUCCUUUAGAGAAGGAGAACCAAGACAAGUUGGUGAAAUUCAUGAUCCGGAUUGGCAUCUUCAGUGUCCUCUACCUGGUACCACUCUUGGUUGUGAUUGGCUGCUAUUUUUAUGAGCAGGCUUACAGAGGUGUGUGGGAGACAACAUGGAUCCAAGAAAGAUGCAAAGAAUAUCAUAUACCCUGCCCCUAUCAGGUCACCCAGAUGAGUCGCCCAGACCUGAUCCUCUUUCUGAUGAAAUAUCUGAUGGCUCUUAUAGUGGGCAUCCCAUCUGUCUUCUGGGUUGGAAGUAAAAAGACCUGUUUUGAGUGGGCCAGCUUUUUUCAUGGUCGCAAGAAAAAAGAAGUUGUGAAUGAGAGCCGGCAAGUGCUGCAGGAACCUGACUUCGCUCAGUCUCUGUUGAGAGACCCCAACACACCCAUAAUUCGCAAAUCUAGAGGCACCUCCACUCAAGGGACUUCUACUCAUGCUUCCUCUACCCAGCUGGCUAUGAUGGAUGACCAGCGAAGCAAAGCGGGCAGCGUCCAUAGCAAAGUCAGUAGCUACCAUGGCAGCUUGCAUCGGUCACGAGAUGGCAGGUAUACCCCCUGCAGUUAUCGAGGGCUUGAAGAUAGACUACCUCACGGCAGCAUGUCCCGACUGACUGACCACUCCAGGCACAGCAGUUCCCACCGACUCAAUGACCAGUCACGUCACAGCAGCACCAGGGACCUCAGUGGCAAUCCAGUGACUCACAUAACACAUGGCACAAGUAUGAACCGGGUUAUAGAAGAGGAUGGCACUAGUGCUUGAUCUCUUUUCCCCAAUUGCUCGUGCAUUGACAUAACCCAGAGCUGACUUCAAAAUGCUCAGCAUUCUCUGUCCUAUCAGGUGCUAACUUUGUGGAAAGGAACCAAACUGGGUGCUGCCUUUUUCUCUUUCUAUGUCCCGCUCUUUGGCAGAAGGUUUGCCUCACAAUGAGGAUGCUGCUUGAUCAAGUCUUGAAGCUAACAUUUGAUGGUACUUGUAUUUUAGACUCCUUUAUGGAUUUUAUUUAUUUGAUGACAUUUCCCCAUCUUGCUUGACAAUUGACUUAAAAAAAUUCUGUGUAUUCCUCUGUAGAAGACAUACCAUGAAGGUCUUGUGAAAAGUCUCCAGAAGCAGAAGACUACAGCUUUCUUGUUUAAAGAAACUCCUCCCUGCAGCUUUUAAAAAAAUCUCUGAUUAGAUAAUAAACUGGUUACUUGUUUCUUUGCAGCACAGAGGGUGGGCUGCAUGUUAACAGCUGUACAAAAGACAUCUGUGGGGAACCAGCAGGAGAUUUUAAGCAGUUACACUGGAAAUGCAGCAGAAGGAUAAUGAACAUUCAGUAAGAAGAAUAAAAGCUCUGCGUAAGGGUGUUGGCUCUUAA